UGGGUGGGGGAGAAAAAGCACUUCAAUUCAUUAUAUAUAUAUAUAUAUAUUAAACUCUGUCUUUUCAAUUAGCUUGGGAUAUAUCGUGCAUAUGAUACACUCGCACUUCGAUUUGCUGCAAAAAUCUGUCUUUUUGAGGAACCAAAGAUUCUACCUUUUCCCCCCAUUGUAUCAGAUACUGCUUUCUGUAAUCAGUUAAGCUUCGAGAAACAGUGAUGCCGAUUUCCGACGGAGAUUUACCGGCCGGCGUGGCUGAGGUUUAUUCGUCUGCUGGGAAGAAUCCUGAGAAGAUCAUCAUCGACACUGACCCAGGAAUCGAUGAUACUGUGGCAAUACUGAUGGCGUUUCAGACACCACAUUUGGAGAUACUAGGAUUGACAACGAUAUUUGGCAAUGUUACUACAAAAAAUGCGACGAGGAAUGCAUUACUUCUGUGUGAGAUUGCUGGACGUCCAGAUGUUCCUGUGGCAGAGGGUAGCCCCGAGGCACUAAAGAGGGGAAAGCCACGCAUUGCAGAUUUUGUUCACGGUGCAGAUGGUUUGGGUAACUUAAGCUUACCGCCUCCAAAAUCCAAAAAAAGCGAGAAAUCAGCAUCUGAUUUUUUGGUUGAUAAAGUUUCGGAGUUUCCUGGUGAAGUGUCUAUACUUGCAUUGGGACCGCUUACAAAUUUGGCUCUGGCAGUUAAGAAGGACUCAUCGUUUGCAAGCAAGGUGAAGAGGAUAGUAAUCCUUGGCGGUGCGUUUUUUGCCUUGGGAAAUGUUAAUCCCGCUGCUGAAGCCAAUGUGCGUAAUCCUAUUCCUUCGUUUCUGAUCUUCUGCAUUUUACUUUCCAUGAACUUAUUAUUCUCUCGACAUCAGAUCUAUGGGGACCCGGAAGCUGCGGAUGUCGUGUUCACCUCAGGCGCAAAUAUUGAUGUCGUUGGCAUUGACAUUACAACGCAAGUUAAAAUGACAGAUGCUGAUCUUGAUGAACUGAGGCAAUCCAAUGGCAGGCACGCGCAAUUCAUAUGCGACACCUGCAAAUUUUACCGGGAUUGGCACGUGAAGUCUGAUGGCGUCUAUGGAAUUUUCCUGCACGACCCUGUCAGUUUCGUGGCAUUAGUCCGACCUGAUCUCUUCACGUUCAGGAAAGGGGUCGUGCGUGUUGAAACGCAGGGCAUCUGCACGGGGCAUACGCUAAUGGAUCAAGGGCUAAAAGGAUGGAAUACGAGCAACCCGUGGACAGGCUACUCUCCGGUUUCGGUUGCAUGGACAGUUAAUGUGGAUGAAGUUCUGAGUUAUGUCAAGAACAUGUUAAUGAAACCAUAAUUUGAACGAUGCAUUUUCUGACUUGGGGUUUAACUCUGUAAAGUGUUGUCCAAUAGUGUAAAAUUAUUGUACUCUUUAUAGUCCUCAGUGUCUGUAUUUCUGCAAUUGUGAACAAAAAUGUUGUAUGUUGUUGUAGUGGGCAAGUAAUUACGUUACUUGUUCACACAUCUUAUUUGUGAAAAAACUGAAAAUACAAUAAAACUCGUGUCCACAUAAGAUGCAAUUUUACAAAAUAAUUAUGGAGUAUUUAUUUCU